CAGCUAGUAAAUUAAAACAAUUGCUGUGGUGCCUGUUUACUUUUAAAUAAAGAAAUAAAAACAUUUGAAAGUCAAAUGUGAAUAGAAUGCAUGAACAAAUGACGUUUCAUUUUCAUUUUUAUUUCAUUUUGCAGAAAUGAGAUCAGGCAAAUCGUUGCUCAACUAGACACAAAAAAUCCAAAUGAACUGUCGAUUAUUUUAGGUGCUCGAUUUGAAUCGCUUAAGCAUUAUCUAGUAUAUUCGACGGAGACUGUCAAUAGACUUACCAGAUGCUUAGUGAACAUUGAUAUAGCAUUCAAGAGCGAAAUAACACCAGGAUUACUGUUGAAUAUUAUAGAGGCAAUGGAAGAAACAGAGUUCAUAAGCAAAUCAGUAACAAUGCUAAAAUUGUUCUUCGAAACUACGCAAUUAAUGGAAGACUAUUCAAAUAACCUUGAUGUAGUUUGCACUUUGAUUCGAAUAGUAACUCGAGUAUGUACUUUGAGCCAAUGUUCAAAAACGUUUAUAUUUGCCUGCAAGGCUGAUAUAUCAGAAAUGAUAGACGUAAUUAAAAUUUCAGUACAAGAUAGACAAAGACCUGGAGAUUUAGAAAAUGCCGCUCCUACAGAAGGGACACCAGACAUAUCAGAAAAUUUAAACAAUGAUGAAAGUGAACGAUCUAGCCUAGUAGAUGAAUGCAUAGAUGCUACAAGUGAUAUGUUGUCUGACAUAAGUAAUGAUGUUGACUCGCUUAGCAACUCAAGUGGUGAUUCUGAGUGUAAAAGAAGGGAAACCUUAAUAGAGACUACAAGAAUUCAAUUGAUCCAGACGUAUCUUAAAUAUAUAAAACAGUUAUUCAAAGAACUAGAGCAUGCCGUACAAGGGUCUACUAUUCGAAGUAGAAAACAACUUCAGGAGCUGAAUAACAGUGACAAUGGUUCUGAUGAAAAUUUUCGGGAGAUACCAAUUUUCCCCCGUAUUGGCGAUUUGAACGGAGACAUAAAGCCCAGACUUAGAAUAAAUAAAGCCAAAGGAGGAUAUGAAAGUAUUGAUGAUUACCUUGAUGUACAAUUCCGGUUACUGCGAGAAGAUUUUGUGGAGCCAUUAAGAGAAGGGAUACGAGAAUUUAAAUACAGAAAAAUACAAAACAGUAAUGUAAAGCUCAAGGAUAUCAAAGUAUAUGGAAAUACGCAAAUUAUUUCACCGGUCUGUGGAAACGGUGUUAAUUAUAUCCUUAGCUUUGAUGUAAGUAAUUUGGGUCAUGUCCGAUGGAACAUUAGUAAACGCCUAAAGUACGGUUCUCUGGUUUGUUUGACUGCCGAUAACUUCGAAACAUGUUUCUUCGCAGUUAUUGUUGACAGCAAUACAAGGUAUAGAAGGAAAGGGCGUGUGCAUGUGAAAUUCUUCAAAAGUCCAGAAGAAGAUCAGUUUUUGCAAGGAGCAACAUUUACGAUGAUUGAAUCCACUGCUUAUUUUGAGGCUUAUCGACCCGUAUUAUCUAGUCUGCAGACCAUAAUGGAUACAAAUUUUCCGUUUCAGAAAUACAUCAUUAAAUGCCAAAACGAAACAUCGCCUCCAAAAUAUCUGCUGCGAAAGUCAUGUGAGAUAACGAUGGAUCUUCAGUGUUUACUUCGGUCUCAAUUUAAAUUUGGAAAUGAUGGUUUCCUUAAUUAUAACGAAUCAACAACAGAUGUGAAGAUAUUGGAACAAGAAUGGCCAAUUGAUAACCAGAUUCCUCUUGAUGCAUCGCAAUUAAAUGCUCUCAAAUCAGCACUGACUAGGGAUUUUACAUUAAUUCAGGGACCACCUGGAUGUGGAAAAACCCACAUAGGGUUGUUAAUAGCAAAAGCAUUGCUUUUUAACAGACGGAAAUGGCAACAGGAGUACGGAAUGCGAUCUCAGAUGCUAAUUAUUUGCUAUACAAAUCAUGCGCUUGACCAAUUUAUGGAAGGUAUAUGCUCUUUUUACACGGGAAACAUAGUAAGGGUUGGUGGAAGGAGUAGAAAUGAGGCUUUAGACAAAUUUAAUCUUAAAUGUAUCAAACAAAAAUAUCGGGAAAAUAAAAUAAUCCCAACGUUUAUCCAAAGAGGUCGUGCUAAUGCAUUAGGUGAUGUGAUACCUCUAAAGCGAAAACUAAACUUGAAGUCUGAAAAGAUAAGACUUCUUAAAGAAAACAUUGUACAUGAAAAUUUCUUGUACAGUUACAUGAAUGAAAAGCAUAGAAAACAGUUUGAAAGGUUUUCCAGAUACUAUAAGUCUAGUCCACUUCCGUGGCUUGCAUUUUUAGGCAAAUCUUGUAUCGUCGAGUGGCUAGGUAUAAUUACUACAGCAAAAGAAGUACAAAAGAAUAUCUAUCUGGAUCAUCACAAAGCAAAAGAUAUAAUGCUGGACAAAAGAAUUGAUGACCUCUUCUGGGAAGAAAACCGGGAAGCAAUGGUAGAUAUGACUUUUGAUGAGACAAAUCUUUUUGAUGAUGACGAUAAAAAAGAACUUAACAAUUUUAGAAGACAUGAAUUGUCUUUAGACUUUGAUCAAGUAAAAAAUAUUGAUUUAGCCAGUUGUAAUCACAGAAAAAGAAAGAUAAUUGCCCUUGAAAGGAAAAUGCUAAUUAAGCAUUUAAAAAACAAACUCCAAACAGUAAAACCUUUUACAAACUCUGAAGCUCUGUCUGUUAAAGAUAUAAUGUGCAAAGAUUUCUCAGAAGAAAAGAGAUGGGCUCUUUAUCUGUUUUGGGUACAUUGUAAAUGUAAUCAAAUACAACAAACCAUGGAUAAAGACCCUUGGGAGAAUUUACAAACAAGUGUAACUCGUCAAAAGGAAUCGAAAGACGAAAAGAAUUGUUUAUAUUAA